AUGGGGGAAUCGUCAUCUAAACCCAACAACACAACACACAAGAACAAAGACGACACUAAAACACAAUCAGCAAACCCUUCUGAUACUCACCAAGAGACUUCCAUUCAAAAAGAAGUUGAAGUUAAAAAAGAAGAAGUGACUGGAACUACCACUUCUGUAGUUACAAAUACAACAGAAGCCAAAAGUGAUAGUUACGACUCUUCAGAAGGAAGUGGAGAGAGAGCGGAAGAAGGGACUUUUGAUUGGGUCCAAGAGAACACGUCGAACAUUCCAUCGAGUGAAUUUCAGACUGCGAGUGAUCCACAAUACGUUGAUAGAAAUCGGUAUGCCAAUGUCUUAGCCAAUGAGAGUACACGUGUUAUAUUAUCUGAGAGAAAUUACAUCAACGCCAAUUACAUCUUUGGAAAGAAGUACAUCAGUUGCCAAGCGCCUUUAGAAAACACACUCAAUGAUUUCUACACAAUGCUUUUUGAACAAAACGUUUCUGUUGUUGUUAUGUUGACCAAAUUCAAAGAAGGAGGUAAAGCGAAAUCGACGGCAUACUUUCCUAUGGAUGAUGAAGAAGAUACUAUGACUAUUACCUAUCGAAUUCACUUCUUAGACGUCUUGUACUCUGAAGAAGACGAAAAGAAAACUCAAACACAAGUAAGACUCUUCCAAGUCACUAACACUAAAACUAAUGAAACUAAGAAGGUGGUCCACAUCCACUACAUCGGUUGGCCUGAUUUCGGGACACCUGAGGAUAAGACUUCAUUCUGUGACUUAGCGUGUUUGGCAUUGAUUUGCAGAGAAGGGACAGCAAAAGGAAGGGAUGGACCUAUAGUGAUCCAUUGUUCUGCGGGACUUGGAAGGAGUGGGACAUUCAUUGGAGUACUCCGAGUGGUAGAGGAACACGUCGAGAAGUUACUUGGGAAGAAGACAAGAGCUUUUGAGAAGACGACAGACACUAUGGAAACCUUUGAAAAGAAAGUUGAAGAGCUUAACAAAGACAUUAAUACAGCAAACUUUGCUGCUGAGAUGGUAGUAGCAAUGAGAAGUGAAAGAAAGGGAAUCGUCCAGACUAAGGAACAGUUCAAAUUCUUAGUCGAUAGUUUGGACUAUUUGCUUGCAGACAUAUAUGGAAAGCAGACAAAGAAGACUGGGUCCGCAAAAGAUAUUCUUGAAGAGUUGAUGAGUGAUACACUUAAACUGAAUUUAGACGACUUCUAUGCAAAACUCAAUUAA